AUGACCCAACGCGCCCCCACGCGCUUCCGCUGCAAAGUCGGCGGCGAGUGGAAAAACCUUUCCGAGUUCUCGAACGCGCAGCAAAGAAACCUGCAGACAGGGCGCGUCGUUGACCCCGCCCACAGCGGCAUGACGUGCAAGCAGCACGCAUCAGGAUCGCGCUCCGAGCUGCGCUGUGAGCUGUGCAACCUGGUGAAGCCGCUUGACGAGUUUAGCAAGAGCUCGCGCCGCAAAGGCGAAUAUCAAUGCCGACGCUGUGUGGCUUGGAUCGAGAUCCAAGAGCCGACCCUCACGCCGGGGCCGCUUGAAACCGGGCAUAUCUCGCCGGAGGAGGAAGAGCAGCAGAUGCUCAAGAACCGUUUCUUACUGAGUAAUGAUUUCUUUGAUGGCGAAGACGAAGGCCUCCCACAGGCUCCGGUCACGGCAUUCUCCUCCCUCGGCCUCGACGAGUCGUACGCUACAGCUGUUGGUUCUACCUCAAUUGGCGAGCUCCUUUCUCGAUUCGACGACACCUAUUCCACUCGAUCUAACAUGCCGCCACACCUCGAAGGCAAAGCCGCCGCCUCUGCCGCCGCCUCCGAGACCUCGUCUGUUGCUGGUAGUAGCAGCGAGGUAACUCUCCCGCCGCAUCUGCGCGGAAAAUACAAGACAAUGAGUGCAGCAGCCUCGUCGGCCGCCUCCUCGACAGCGGGGGACCUGUCGCUGCCCACGACGCUCCUCGACACUGACUCGGACGUCGCGUCCAUUGUCAACAAUUUCAACGCUUGGGGCCCAAAUGGCGAGCUGCAGCGGCGCCGACCCGACUCCGUGUUGGACUCGGCAGCGUCUCUUUCGUCGGAAGCUGUCUCUGCAGAGAACAACGACCCCAACGUGGUGGGCGAUUGGACCCGCGUGGGAAAACCAAAGUCGGCAGUGUUGUCGAGACCAGGCAAGGGGCGCUUUGUCAAAGAUGCAGAGGCUCGGAUGUCUUCCGCCGAGAUGCGGGAGUACCGUGGUGAGAUCCAGCCAACUUACAUGCGUCGAGAAAUCGACACGCAGAAGCGCAUCCGCCCGAUCGGUUACGACUCUGACUCUGAGUAG